AUGGGAAAUUUUGCAGAGCAAAAACUACAUGCUGUGUUGAUUCCAUAUCCAUCUCAAGGUCAUAUCAAUCCAUUGUUCAAACUAGCAAAGCUUCUUCACCUUAGAGGCUUUCACAUAACCUUUGUCAACACUGAAUACAACCACAAACGCUUGCUCAAAUCAAGGGGUCCAAAAGCCUUUGAUGGUUUGAUAGACUUCACCUUUGAGACUAUUCCAGAUGGUUUAACUCCAAUGGAUGGUGACGGUGAUGUUACUCAAGACGUACCUUCUCUAAGUCAAUCUAUCAGAAAGAAUUUCCUUAAACCCUAUUGUGAACUUCUUUCUAGACUUAAUGAAUCUGCCAAUGCUGGUCUUAUUCCACAUGUUACUUGCUUAGUUUCUGAUUGUUUGAUGACUUUUACUAUACAAGCUGCUAAAGAAUUCGCAUUACCAAACGUGCUCUUUUUUCCAGCAAGUGCAUGUUCUUUAUUGAGUAUUUUGCACUUCUAUUCCUUUGUAGAAAAAGGCCUCACACCACUCAAAGAUGAGAGUUAUCUAACAAAUGGAUAUUUGGAAACCAAAGUAGACUGGAUUCCAGGUUUAAAAAACUUUCGAUUAAAGGACAUUAUCGACUUUAUAAGGACUACAAAUCCAAAUGAUAUCAUGUUAGAAUUCUUUAUUGAUAUGGCAGAUAGAGUUCAUAGAGAUUCUACUAUCAUUUUGAAUACUUUUGAUGAACUCGAGAGUGAUGUAAUAAAUGCUCUAAUCUCUAUGUUUCCUUCUCUUUAUCCCAUUGGCCCUUUACCUUUAUUGUUAAACCAAACUCCACAUAAUCAUCAAUUAGCAUCUCUAGGCACCAAUCUUUGGAAAGAAGAUAUCAAAUGUCUUGAAUGGCUUGAAUUCAAGGAACCUGGAUCUGUUGUUUAUGUAAAUUUCGGUAGCGUCACAGUUAUGACUCAAGAGCAACUGUUGGAGUUUGCUUGGGGUUUGGCCAAUAGUAAGAAAUCAUUUUUGUGGAUCAUUAGGCCUGAUCUUGUAAUUGGUGGCUCGGUGGUUUUGUCAUCUGAGUUUAUGAAUGAAAUUUCAGAUAGAGGAUUACUUGCGAGCUGGUGUUCGCAAGAGCAAGUAUUGAACAACCCUUCCAUUGGUGGAUUCUUGACUCAUUGUGGAUGGAACUCAACCACUGAAAGUAUAUGUGCUGGAGUGCCAAUGUUGUGUUGGCCAUUUUUCGCUGAUCAACCAACAAAUAGUAGAUUCAUUUGCAAUGAAUGGGAGAUUGGAGCUGAAAUCGAUCCAAAAGUGAAGAGAUAUGAGGUGGAGAAGCUUGUAAAUGAAUUGAUGGUGGGAGAGAAAGGAAAGAAGAUGAGGCAAAAGGCAAUGGAAUUGAAAAAGAAGGCAGAGGAGAACACUAUUCCAGGAGGUUGUUCAUACAUGAACUUAGACAAAGUUAUUAAGGAAGUGUUGCUUAAAAAGAAUUAG